CAUCCUAAGAAACAAAAACAAAGAAAACAAUGGAAACCAUUUCAAAAUUUCCAUAUACACAUCAACCAUUAAGAUCCAUUAGUUUCCCCACAAGAGGAAACCCCUCUUCUCAAAGAGUACAAUCACUUUUAAACAACCUUAAACAACAUCACAAACACUCUCUCUCAUCCAACUUUUAUUCAAAAACAGAGACAAUUCAGAGUGAUUUAGUGUUACUUGCAGAGAUGUACAAUUGCAUGGAGGAAGAACUCUUCAAUUCUCAACAAACUCAACAAGCUCUUCUUCACUACAAAGAUGGAAAACUCAUAUCACAAACAUUGUGUGGUUCAGUCAUAUUGCUAGAUGCUUGUGAGUGUUCAAGGGAUUUAUUGUUGAUUCUUAGAGAACACAUGCAAACACUUGAGUCAUCAAUACGUAGAAGAAUUAGAAAAGGUGAUUCAAGCAUUGAAAAUAGUGUUUCUUCAUAUGAAAGUUUUAGAAAGAAUGCAAAGAAGAAAAUUUCAAAACAACUUUUGCAGCUAAAGAGAAUGCAGAACAAAGUUAAUUCAUUUUCUCUCUGUGAUAAUCAAGAUCAGAAACUAACCUUUUUGGCAACAGUUUUAAGAGAAGCAAAUACAAUUACUAUAACAAUACUAUGUUCUAUGCUACUUUUUUUGUCUAUGCCAGCACUUGGAACAAAAGGGUCAUCUUUGAUUUCAAAGUUGAAGCCUAUGAUGUUGUUUUCUUCUUUGAAAGAAGGGAAUAACAACAAUGGUGUUGGAGAACUUAACAAUGUUUUGUGUUGUCUUAUUGGAAAAGAGAAAAGUAGUGAUUAUAAUAGUGAAGGUCAAAGGGCAUUGAAAUUGUUGGAGAGAUUGAAUGUUGAUAUUGAUGGUUUGGAAAGUGGAUUAGAUUGCAUGUUUAGAUGUUUGGUAAAAAAUAGAGUUUUGUUUUUGAAUAUGCUUGCUCAUUAGGGUAACAUAAGUGGAGUAAUAUUCAAUGUCCUAUAUAAAGCAUGAGAGAC